AUGUCAUCUCCUCCCAUCCCCAAGCUCCUCCGCGAGUCGAGCGACCUUACCAUCACCUCUGCCUCAACCCCCAGCACAACCACGUCUACCACCACCAUCAUUCCGACAAACAAUGUAACCUACACCCGCGCCCACCGAAAACCAUCCACCAAGCUCACCACCCUCCUCAAUCCCUUCCGCAAAUGCACCCCACGACAAAAACAAAAAUCAAGACGAAAACAUAACUACAACUUCCAAUUAUCUCACCAACCUCUCUUCCGCAACUCCCUCCUCGCCGGCGUCGGCUUCCUUGAACUCGCCAACGCAGCAGACUUCGCCGCCAACGUGUGGAACCAGAUCCCCGUCCCGAAAUACGCGAUGGUUUUCAUGGCCAUUGGUGGUCCAAUCGCUCUGCUUAUAACUCUAGUGGCAGCGAGGGACUUCUACCUCAGUUACACGAACGUGCAGUUACUCCUGAAAGAGCGGCGGUAUCUGCGCGAGUUACUCGAUUCCAUUACCACCACCACCACAACAACAAACACAACAACACAAAAUACAACCCCAAACCCAACCACAACCACAACCACACAAGCGGAGCUAUUACUAAGAAGCAGACUCAGCGUCAACUUCCGCGAACUCGGCACCGAAAUCGUCGACCGGAUCCUCAUGGACGCGCUCAUGGGAUUCGGCGCGCUUCUCGUCGGCACCGGAACCAUCAUGGCGAUCUUCGGCGCGAAUCAUCACGUCUACGUCGCCAGCAACCUGCUCAGUGGAUACAUCGGCAAUGGAUUAGCCGCGGUGUUUGGACUCGUUAAUGCCAUUUGGUCGGGGUAUUUGGUGGGCAGAUUUCAGGUGUGUUGGAGAAGUUGCCAGAACAUCACCAACACAUCCACAUCCACAUUCACAUCCACAACAAGAGAGGGUAAUGGUAAUAAUAAUAAUAAUCCUAACCCGGGAGACGAAGAAGACACUUGCAUCGAAGAAGUGCGAAUGUACCACCACCCACUGAAACUCCGCUUCCGCAGUCUGCAAUUCCAUGCCCUCGUGAACGGGAUAAAUGGUCUUGUGGCCGGCGCAGCGAGCAUGGUUACCGCCACGAUGUGGUACGGGUAUGUCGUGUUGGUGCCGUGUAUUGUCAGUCUCAUCGCGUGUAAUUGGUUUUGGAGAGUUAGGGUGGGGUAUGAUCGACCGUUGUUGUCGUCGAGUACUACGUCUGCUUCGUUGUUAUCUACUACGGGGGGGCGCGGUGGUGGUGGUACAGCUACACCUACUACCACUACCACUACCAAUGCAAAUGGAGGUGGAGGAAUUGGCAACGAAAAAAACGACCUCCUCCUCGACCUCAGCAGCGCAACACAUCUCCACCGCAUGCUUGCAUCAUCCACCAAAGAUAGUGGGAUCCAACUCCCCCGCCACAUCCUCAACCGCACAAACCCCUCAUCCGUCAUGUCCUUCCUCACCCGGAAUGGCAUGUUCGAGGGCUUCUGCGUCUGGAUCGAUCAUGAUAAAUCGCUAGAAAGGGGUGUGGAGGAUUUACUUGAUCUUGAGUCUAUAACGUCCACAUCUGCUUCUUCCCCCGGAGGGAAGAAUACCGCCAACAACAAUAACAAUAACGAAAAACCAAACGAGGAAAAUAACACUGUUGAUGAAGAAGUGGAACUCUCCCUCACAGCCGACGACUUCCUCACCCUAGCCCGACACGACAGCGACAUCCUCCUCCGGAAAAUGAACGAGUACUUGGAUGGGAAUGUAGUCCGGGCUGUGGCGUAUCGGGAGAGGUUUCUGUUAGAGGUGUUGGGGGUGGUUGUUUAUUUGGAGUCGGGUCCUAAAGAUGGGGGUGAGGUGGAGAGGAAGAGGAGGUGGUGGUUUGGGUGUUUAUAA